UGCUAGGCCAGAAGGCCGCCUGUGAUUACCCACCGCUUUCGCUAGAUCUCUGUCCUCCUCCUCACCUCGCUGUCUUACCCCGGUGCAAAUCUGAGCAUUGGUAACAAAAUUGCUGGGAUUUGGAGAGGCGGACUGGACUCGGAAUCCCCCCCGGGGCCUUGAAAGUUCAUCUCUGACCCAAAACAAUCCAAGGAGGCAGAAGACAUCUUGGAAGGAAACGAGGAAACCAGGAAGGAAGGAAGGCAGGAAAGAAGACCUAGAGAUACAGCUCGGAGUGAACACUGCUUUUCUUGGGUUCUCUGAUGUAUUCUGGAGAUUUCCUCAGGAUGAAACUUCAGACAUUCUGGGUUUUCUUUUGAAGACCACCAUAACAAAGACACAUUCUCAAACUGAAAAACUUGGAUGGGAUCAAAAAUGAAUCUCAUCGAACACUCCCAUUUACCUACCACGGAUGAAUUUUCUUUUUCUGAAAACUUAUUUGGUGUACUAACAGAACAAGUGGCAGGUCCUCUGGGACAGAAUCUAGAAGUGGAGCCGUACUCACAAUACCACAAUGUUCAGUUUCCCCAAGUUCAACCACAGGUUUCCUCCUCAUCCUAUUAUUCCAACCUGGGCUUCUACCCCCAGCAGCCUGAAGAGUGGUACUCUCCGGGAAUAUAUGAACUCAGGCGAAUGCCCGCUGAAACUCUCUACCAGGGAGAGACUGAGGUAGCAGAGAUACCUGUAGCAAAGAAGCCCCGAAUGGGCACGGCAGCAGGGAGAAUCAAAGGGGAUGAGCUGUGUGUCGUUUGCGGAGACAGAGCGUCUGGAUACCAUUAUAAUGCACUCACCUGUGAGGGAUGCAAAGGUUUCUUCAGGAGAAGCAUUACCAAAAACGCUGUGUACAAGUGUAAAAACGGGGGCAACUGUGUGAUGGAUAUGUACAUGCGAAGAAAGUGCCAAGAGUGUCGACUAAGGAAAUGCAAAGAGAUGGGGAUGUUGGCUGAAUGUAUGUAUACAGGCUUGUUAACUGAAAUUCAGUGUAAAUCUAAACGACUGAGAAAAAAUAUGAAGCAGCAUGCAGUUCAGACCGUGAAUGAAGAUAGUGAAGGUCGUGACUUGAGACAAGUGACCUCGACGACUAAGUCAUGCAGGGAGAAAACUGAACUCACCCCAGAUCAACAGAAUCUUCUACAUUAUAUUAUGGAUUCAUAUAGCAAACAGAGGAUGCCUCAGGAAAUAACAAACAAAAUUCUAAAAGAAGAAUUCAGUGCAGAAGAAAAUUUUCUCAUUUUAACUGAAAUGGCUACUAAUCAUGUACAGAUUCUCGUUGAAUUCACAAAAAAGCUGCCAGGAUUUCAGACUUUAGACCAUGAAGAUCAGAUUGCUUUGCUGAAAGGGUCUGCAGUUGAAGCUAUGUUCCUCCGUUCAGCUGAGAUUUUUAAUAGGAAACUUCCAUCUGGACAUGUUGACCUAUUAGAAGAAAGAAUUCGAAAGAGUGGUAUCUCUGAUGAUUACAUAACGCCUAUGUUUAGUUUUUAUAAAAGUAUUGGGGAAUUGAAAAUGACUCAAGAAGAGUAUGCUCUGCUAACAGCAAUUGUUAUCCUCUCUCCAGACAGACAAUACAUAAAGGAUAGAGAGGCAAUAGAGAAACUUCAGGAACCACUUCUUGACGUGCUACAGAAGUUGUGUAAGAUUCAUCAGCCUGAAAAUCCUCAACAUUUUGCCUGUCUGCUGGGUCGCCUGACUGAAUUGCGGACAUUCAAUCACCACCACGCUGAGAUGCUGAUGUCGUGGAGAGUGAACGACUACAAGUUUACCCCGCUUCUCUGCGAAGUCUGGGAUGUACAGUGAUGAGCAUUGCAGGGGAAGGGGCUGGCUACUUUUUUCCCACAUGAUAUAAAUCUGAUGUAUAACGUUCCUUUGUUUCAUUUGUACCUGGUCCCAUCCAAGAAAUCUUGAUGAAUAUUUAUGUAAUAAUUGCGCAUAUAAUUUCCACAAUUGUAAAUACGGGGCUAGAUAGAAUCACUUUCUCUGCAUUGUAUUUCACAAGGCUUCAGGGAAUCCUGCCUUCUAAUUGGCAUGCCCUGUUUGCCUAAUUAAAUCAAUUGUUACUUCAAUUCUACCUGUUGAACUAGGGGAAAAAAAUCUCAUUUUGCUCUUCCUUUCAACGUAUUGGAUUUAUUUUAUUAAAGAGUUGUAUUCAAUUUUGGCAAUAAACCAAACAUAAUGGCAA